GGUCCUCUGUGAAGUGUCUUCAUGGUGUGGUAAAAAGUUCAACAACUUACCUAAUGGUCUACAACAACGGUACGACGACCCCACCAACCACAGAAUCGUUCACCUGUUUGGUAAUACAGAAAAUGGGAGAGGUUGUAAAGAUAUCUCAAAAUCCACUGGAGUGUCUGUGGAACCAAACAGCGAACUCAAGUACUUCUCUAGGAAAGCUGUCAUUUGCUUUCGCACCUGUAGGUGGGCCAAAUAAUAAAGACUUAUGUCCCAUAGUGGAUUCCACACCGACAGACUUGGAACCAACCACCAUAGCGCUGAUCUCCGUUGGCGUGUUCUUACUGCUGCUUCUAAUAAUUGGCGUCGGUUUGUGCUGGUAUCGUUCCAAACGACAAAACAGAAACAAAGACAAUUACACUCUGUGGAAUAUUUUCACAAACAUACUACACUGACAGUCAUUAUUAGUUGAUAGUAUAUUAAUUACACUAUAGUUUUAUUAUCCACAUAUGUACUCUACUAUUUUCACAAACAUACUAUACUGACAGUCAUUAUUUUAGUGCAUUAUUGCACUAUAGUUGUUUUAUUAUCCAUAUGUGUACCUUAAUAUUUUCACAAACAUACUACACUGACAGUCAUUAUUUUAGUGCAUUAUUGC